AUGAAGUGUUGCAAAGUACGGUGCUUUCGCGGCCAGGACUCGGAGCCCGAGGACGACGACGACGACUGGAGCAACGCCUACGAGAUGGCCGCCAUGUUGCCGAAAAAGCCCUCACAACUGUCGAUGCUGCCCAAGAAGGCCUCGCAGCUCUUCACCGAGCUAUUUGUUAGCGAGAUUGUUUCCGAAGAACAAAGCACGCAGCUGAUGAUGAGCCUGCCGCCGCGCUUCCAAUUCAGCACCCCGCAGCUCGCAUAUCGCCUCACCAGUGAUGGCACGUCGUUGAAGCGAUUUUGGUCAAAGAUAGACGACGCCCAGCAAUCGAUCCUCAUCAUCCGCUCUACGGCCGGCGACGUGUUCGGCGCGUAUUGCAGCGCAUCGUGGGCCACCCGAAAAGAAGGAUUGCAGGGUCAUUCAAAGUAUUUCGGCACCGGUGAGACGUUCGUCUUCCGCAUCGAUGACAAGGACCUCUCCGGGAUGCCGAUCGUCUACAAUUGGACCGGCUACUACCGCGCCGGCGCACCCGAGCUUUUCAUGACGGCCACGGACGAUUUGCUGAUUGUUGGCUCCGGCGACGGCGACGCCAUUCGAAUCUCCAGCGAACUCAGCCAGGGCUAUUCUUCGCACUGCACCACGUUCAACUCGCCGCCCCUCGUCAAGAACCAGCUCUUCGUCAUCGAGGAGCUCGAGGUGUUCAGCGUGGCCACGACG